AUGAAGAAAAUAUAUAAUUUUUUCUUUUAUUUAUUAAUUUUCUAUGUUCAAACAUGUACAACGAAUGUUGAAUGCAAUGAUAUAAUCAAUUACAAUGGUUUAUACCUAAGGAACAAAUUACUAACUAAUAAUAUUGAUGUAAGAAAUAGAGUAAAUAACAGUAAUGACAGCUUUACUGAUUCUAAAAUUGAUUUAAAUGAAAAUAACACUUCUCAAAAUAAUGCUCAUAAUAUACCUAGUUUAGGAAAACAUAUUACUAUCAUAGGAACAGAUUCGCCACAAAGAGAUAAUGAUAUUAGUGCACGCGAAAAAACAUAUGAUAAUUAUAGUGGCUUAAGUGUUACUGAUAGUGGAAUUGCAGAUGGUAGUGCAUUUGGUGGAGGAUUUAGUUUAUCUGAAAAAUCUCCACUACAAGGUGGUUGGAAAAAAUGUCCGAAUGAUAUAUUUUGCAAAGGUAUAGAUGUAAAUCCUAAUUGUCCUAAAAGAACAUAUGAAGAAAGAAAUAAUAAUUGGACAAUUUUAGAUGUUAAAAAGGGUAAUGAAGGUUUAAUUGUUCCUCCAAGGAGAAAAAAGUUAUGCUUCGGAAAUAUUUCUAAAAGAGGUUAUAGAGUAAAAAGUGCUGAAAAAUUAAAAAAUCUUAAAAAUGAACUUAUACAAACGGCCUUUACUGAGGCAGUAUCUAUUUGGAAAAUGUAUGAGAAACAUCCUGAAUAUAUACACAGUGCAAUGAAAUAUAGUUUUGCAGACAUGGAAGACAUUGUUAAAGGAAAUGAUAUUAUAGAUGAUACAAUUUCUAAAAAUAUAAGUAGUAAUUUGGAUAAGAUAUUUAAAAACGGUGAUCAAACAAAUGUAAAAGAGGAACGCAAAAAAUGGUGGAACGGAAAUAAAAGUGAUAUUUGGAAUUCAAUGAUGUGCGCAUAUAUGAAAGAAAAGAAAGAUAAUAAAUGUCCAGGACAUGAUGAUAUGCACGAGGUACCACAAGUGUUUCGAUGGUUUAGAGAAUGGGGGAGUCAUGUCUGUAAAGAUAUAAAGAAAAAUAGAGAAGAUUUAAAAGCAGGGUGUAAGAAUAAUGUGAAUGGAACACCCGACAGCCUUUGUAGUAGUGUAUUUAAAUAUUACGAAAAUAUUAUUAAUUCAAAAAGAAGUGAAUGGAAAAUAUUUGUUAAGCAUUUUGAUGGGAAUAAGAGUAGUUAUCCUGAAGCAAAUGAAUCAACACCUGAAAAAUAUUUAAAUGACAAAUGUCCUGAAUGUGAUUGUGAUAAAUUAAAUUUAAAAAACAUAUUUGAAAAUGAAUAUAAUAUACAAACUUUAUUAAAUGAAAUAAAUGAACAACAAGCAUCUGAACAAGUAUCAACACUUACUUCAGAAGUAGUACAACACACUAAUCUUGAAAACUCACAACAAUCACCGGCAUUAACACCACAAGAAUCACAAUCACAACAACAAGAACAACGACAAGAACAACGACAAGAACAACGACAAGAACAACGACAAGAACAACGACAAGAACAAAAUAUACAUAGAGUAAGUAAUAACGACAAUAUUUUAGGGUGGGAAUUUGGUCCUGUUUCAGUUCCUGGUACGAAUCCAUAUAUUUCGUCUGAAGAAAAAAAUUCUCUGGAACUAAUAAAUUUAACAUCAUGGGAUAAAGAAGAUAUAAUCAAACAAAAUGAGGAUAUACGGGAUGAAAUAGAAGAACAGCAACAAGAUAUACAAGAAGAUGAAGAAGGAUUUGAAAGUGAUUUAAAUGAAGUAGCAGAAACAAACGAAGAAGAUCAAAAUGAAAUUCUGGAAGAAGAUGAAGAAGAAGAAGAAGAAGAAGAAGAUGAGGAUGAAGUAGAAGAAAAUAUUGAAGAAGAGAAAGAAAAAAAGGAUAGGGAAAACUCAGAAUCGGAAGAACAAGAAAAGGAGGUAAAAGAGAAUGAACAAGAUACUCAAAAAGAAAACGAAGAAAAAAAAGUUUCAACGAGAGAUGCAGAUGAACAUCAAAUACUCUCAGUAAAUUAUAAGAACAAUAAUGACUUAAGAAAAGGUGCCGAAUCUAUAGUAAAAAAAUUAUUUAGUUUAUUUAAUGAAAAUAAUAAUUUAGAAACUAUGUUUAAAGAUUUGACAAAAGAUAUGACAAGUUUGUUUCAACAAUAA